AUGUGGAUCAUCAACGUCAUCUACAUGCAGAGCUAUACCGUGUACGCCUCGAUGCUGAUAAUCCCCUACACUCGCAACUCGUGGCGCGUCAAGGGCUCCAUCCUCUUCAUCAUAACGGCCUGGUGGGUCCAGUCGUGGGCGUGGUAUACCAUCUCCGGACUCAUACUGGCCGACAUGGUCAUCAACAUGGGCUUCAAAGCGAAAGCCCAACGCGGCAUUCCCAUUCCCAUCUUGAAGAAGAAAAAUGUUUACGUUCCUGUCUGGAUCCCGUAUAUCAUCCUCAUGGCGGCGGGACUGUUUAUGCAGCUCGUCUGGACAGGCUGGAAACCGCAGAAGGUAUCCGCUGAGAUCACCGUUCAUGCUGGUUUAUAUUAUACUGGCGGCUUGAAUAAUAAGUAUGAUCUCUCGGAGCCGCAGGCGAGAGACGAUAUUUAUCUUAUUCUCGUCGGUGUGUUUCUGGCCGUUGAUACGUAUGACUGGUUACAGUUGAUUCUGCGGAAUCCCGUGUUUGUUUACCUGGGGACUAGAUCAUUAAGCUGGUUCUUCGCGCAGGGAAUCAUCAUCUACACAGCCGGAAUCAAACUCUUUCUCCACCUUACAACGGACAAACAAUGGAGCAAAGACUCCGCCACUGGACUUUCUCUGAUCGUGUGUUUGUCUGCUGUUAUUGUCUUAGCGGAAGUAUUCUAUCGGUUGGUCGACUAUCCAUGCCGGGCCAUGUCGUAUAGGGUUUUCGAUUGGAUUCGGGAGUGA